GGUUUUUUCGUGACCAACAUUUUCUAUUCCCCCAGUUACUACUCUUCUAUCUGUAAACCUAUCUGUCUAUCACCAAUCUUCUACGUUUUCUUUUCCCCCAGUUAAUACUACUUUCAUGAUAUUUCAACAGCUUCUACGUUUCUUUCCCCUAUCUGUCUAUCACCAAUCUCCACAACCUCGUGAUGAAGCUUCAACCGCUUCUCUCCUUCUGGUGGUUUUGGUUGCUCUGCACGGCAGCGCUAGCGACGGAAACAACAGAAGAUUCUCUGAUCACUCGUAUCGCAUUUGGAUCAUGCGCUAAUCAAAGCGCUCCACAGCCGAUUUGGGAUGCCAUAAACAAGUUUGAUCCACAAUUGUUCAUUUGGUUGGGUGAUAACAUCUAUGGAGAUAUACGAAAACCCAUUAGAGUGAUUGGGAAAGAGAGAACCUUCGGGCCAUGGAGGAACUCUCCCAGGUUUGUGCCUUCUUCAGAGGAAGAAAUGAAACUAAGAUACGCAAGAGCCAAAGCUAAUCCUGGGUAUUCUCGUCUCCAGAGGAAAGCGAAAGUUAUUGGCACUUGGGAUGACCAUGAUUACGGAUUGAAUGAUGCUGGAAAAGAGUUUGAUCGUAAAGUUAUUAACCAAAGACUCAUGCUUGAUUUCUUGAAUGAGCCUCUUGAUAGCCCACGGAGAAAUCAAGCCGGAGUGUAUGCGUCUUAUACGUUUGGUCCACCUAACCGGAAAGUCAAGGUUAUAGUUUUAGAUACCAGAUAUCAUAGAGACCCUUUGCGAAGUGAUGGGAGUAUCUUGGGUGAUACGCAGUGGAGAUGGCUCGGAAAUGAGUUAAGAGGUCCGCGUAGCGAGAUUACUAUCAUAGGAUCGUCUGUUCAGGUAAUAUCAAAUCUUUCGGCUACCACUGGACCGCUCUUUUAUAUGGAAUCAUGGGGACGUUUUCCCAAGGAAAGGAAACGUCUUUUCCAACUGAUAGAAGAUACAAAGAGAAAUGGAGUUGUAUUCAUCAGCGGAGAUGUUCAUUUUGGCGAGAUCACUAGAUACGACUGUGCUGUUGGGUACCCAUUAUAUGAUGUCACCUCAAGUGGUCUAGUACAAUCUGUUGAGAAAGUAUUCCCUCAUCCCUUGCGUUUCAUCGUUAGGCUUCUGUUUUGGUACACUCCAAGCACAAUGAGAGUUAUCAAUGAAAACUGCAAAUAUAGAUCAUGCACAUACGGACAACAAAAUUUUGGAGCAAUAUCUAUAGAUUGGAAUGCAAAUCCGGCAACCAUAAGGCUCGAGAUCAGAGAUGUUAAAGGACUCACAGCACUAAGCACAAACGUUUCACUAUCCGAACUCCAACCACGAGGCUCAAAGCCCUUGACAUAUGAAACUACGUCGGGAAAGUCCCGACGAUAUUGCACCCUCGAAGCUGAAUUACCGGGAAUAACCAGAUACCGAUUGGCUGUUCUCAUCUACUUCACCAUUGCUGUCUUGGCAAUUGCAUUCGUAGGACUGAUCAUUGGAGCUAUACUGGCUAUAACAGCAUGCGUUUAUAAAUGCAAGGUCGACUGAUUCUUGAUUUUGUUCCGGUAAAUGACUUUGCUUUCUAACGACCUUUUGAUACAACAAAAGUGUCUACAUUUUUGCAACUUAUUCGUAUUAGCUUCGUAUAAGAUUAGUAGAAUAACCAGUCGUGGGAGUGGGAUGGUAUUAACACAUGGCUUUUAUUGAAAAGGGGAUUCAAAGCUUAAACUGUUUAUUUAGUACCAAAUUGGAUUUGUUGGCCUAGUUCUUUUGUUCAUGGAGACUAGUUAAAUUGUAGCUUACGUAUUAGAGUUUCGUUAUAUAAAUUGUUGUUGAUGUAACACAGCCUCUCCUCAUAAAUAUGACAUGUUAAACAUUCAACUUUCCAACCAAGUUACCACAACAUUAACUCCAAAUCAAUAUUCAUUCCAUAGAUAUAAAUCC